UCCAGGGUUGAGAUGAAGAUGAGUGGCCUCCUGAGGGUCCUAUUGGUCACAUCAGCAACCUUGCUGUUUACAGCUAAGGGACAGAGCGACUAUGAUAUGUUGAGGGAGGUUGAGAAGAAAUAUGUUGACAUGGCUAUUACAUAUGCAAAUAAGAAUAACGAGCUUCAGAAAAACGAUCCAAAAGAACACCUCAAUUUCUUCAGAAUUGCGGGAAAAUCUGUGAUCAAAGCUAAGGACGUUAAAAUCAACUUGUACUUGAAAGCAACAAACUGCCUUAAGGCCAGAAGUAACAGUGAACAUAAACAUCGAAAUGAAUGUGGAUUUAAAUCCGGAAGGCCCUAUAUAAUCUGUGUUGUUUGCAACAAAAACAUCAGCAGCACUGACGCCCACAUUGACUGUGUUCGCUACAAGGAUGUGAAGGAGCUUGCCAUCCAACACGAGAAAUGUUCACCUCUGAUGCAUCGUGGAGGGGCUACAAUUUUAGCCUCAACCAAUGAAGAAGACCUUCAGACUGGAUGCCUUGGAUGUUUCUGAUAACUAAUGAAAGCCAUUGUCCAGCACUGAUGUUCAGAGGCAGUCCUUAUAGGCGAGUGUUCCCUGAGCUGACUAGGUGAAAGUUGUGUUGAUGUGCCCUUAAAGGUCUACCUGAAUCAUUGUAACCAGAGUAUAUACUUCAAAACAAUCAUGGUGAGGGAGUGGGAUUACUAGAAUGGUGCCUGUGAACUAACAGUUAUGUGUGGUUUGUUGCAAAGCAGAGUCAAAUCUCCUAAUAAACUAAGAACACAAAGUCAA